ACCUUUUGAAAAAACGGACACAAAUCCUCUAUCAAAAGACAAUGAUGAAAACCUGCCAAGUACUGCGCCCUCUGCAACGGCUAUAGCCUCACAUCUGGACACAUCAGAUACAGCAGCCACGGUCCCGCAAGCUCCUAUAUCAGAAGAGGCCCCCUCUCUUCCCGCAAAACCAGACGAGCUGAAAUCAAGUCCGCCAAAAGAGGUCAAGGCACCAAGCGCAACGUUCAAGGCUCCAGAAACCCCACAAAAUAAGGAUGUCCUGAUGGCUGAGUUGAAGGCUAUGAAGAUCUCCUCCCUACAAGCCCGCAACGCAGCACUCGAGCAAGAAAUUGCCCAAACGCGUGCAAAGCUCCAAGAAGUCUCGCAAGAAUUGAACUACCCCGCGGCCGCGACGGUAAAGAAGCACAUCAAGCUCCUGCACGAGUAUAACGAUAUCCGUGAUAUCGGACAGGGACUCAUCGGCAUGAUCGCAGAGAAUCGGGGAGUCAGGAUCGGGGAAUUAUAUGAGGAGUUCGGAGUAGGUCUUAAAGACUGAGUUCAAAGGGGCUUGGAGACCUGAACAGCUGGAAGGAAAAAUGGAGUUCUGGCGUUUCUUUCUGGAGGAUGAUGCCCUUUUGAUAUCUUGCUCAUGCUUAUUAGAGAUUUUAUGAUUUGAGCAACGUGCUGUACAAGACUUGCCGAAUGACAUCAAACGAC